AUGGUUGGAUUGCACUUGAUUAGACUUACAGGUUCCAUGGGUGUGGAAUUUGAUUAUCUCAGUUUGGUGGCUUUCAGGAUUGCUCAAAUGGAGGAUGCCCAAGAAGUAUCUGAAACAAUGUCAGACAAAUCAUCUGAAAAUACACAGGAAACUCGUGAUGAAAUGCUUUCGAGGCACAGGAAAGAGAUAUCAAAACUUCAGGACAAGGAAAUUGAAAUGAAGAAGGCAGCUGCCAAAGGUAGCAAGGCCGAACAAAAAGCUAAGAAAAAGCAGGUGGAGGAAGAGAUUUCUCGGCUUUCUGCUAAGCUUAAAGAAAAACAUGCUGAAGAACUUGCUUCAUUAGGCUAUAGCACUAGUAAUGGAACUGAGAAAGCAAAACUUGACAAUUUAGUGAAAGCCAUAGCUGGUGUUUCCGUCACCAGUCAACCUGACCAAGCAAAGCCCAGCAAGAGUUCAAAGAGGCGGGAGAAAAGAGCUCAGCAAGAUGCAGCUAGGGAGCAAAGAAUUCAAGAAGAGCAGAGCAACCUUGUAAGUGAUCGAAUGAUUGAGAAUGAGAAGCUAGAGAAAAAGCUUGAACCCCUUGGUUUGACCAUUAAUGAAAUAAAGCCCGAUGGUCAUUGCCUCUACCGAGCUAUCCAGGAUCAGCUGGCCCAUCUUUCCGGAGGUUCAUCACCUCACAUGUACCAAGAGCUUCGAGAAAUGGUGGCUGCUUAUAUGAGGAAGCAUGCAUGUGAUUUUCUCCCUUUUUUUUUGUCAGAGAAUCCAGUAGAUGGAGAUUCUGAGGAUUCACUUGCAGAGAGGUUUGAGAAUUACUGUAAAGAAGUAGAGUCAACAGCGGCAUGGGGAGGGCAGCUAGAGCUUGGUGCUUUAACUCACUGCCUUAAAAAGCAUAUCAUGAUAUACUCAGGAUCCUUCCCUGAUGUGGAGAUGGGCAAGGAGUACAAAUCAGAUAGCAGCAGUACGGAUUCUUCUGAUUCGAGUAUUAUGUUGUCAUACCAUAAGCAUGCAUUUGGGCUUGGUGAGCACUAUAAUUCUGUGGUUCGAAUAUGA